CGCGUCACUGCGGCUCCGGCCACAAGAGCUUAGAGCGCGUCGCUCCAACUUCUCCCGCUACUUCUCCUUCACUCACUGCAUCUCCGCCUUUAGUUCGCAGAGCCGGGGGGGGGACAUGAGACCUUCGGGGGCGACCAUCCUGCUGCUGUGUCUCAGCUCCUCUUUUUGCGGGCGGCCGGAGGGUCGGGAUGCUGCCGGCGACCUGCGCAUCUCCGAGUCCUCCGUGCUGCGCCCGCUGGGCUCGGAUCCGCACAGAACACCCAGACAGGUGAAAACCUCGGUCAGGAAGGAAAUAAAGCCCCACAUCCAGGAGCUCUCCAUAAAAACCUCCAUCGUGUCACGCUACGCCAUCACCACCGUCUCCUGCUCCAUGCUGAACAGACACUCCAUGGCCUCAGAGGGAGUCUUCCAGAUGCUUCUCCCUGCAGGUGCCUACGUGUCCAACUUCACCAUGAUUGUUGGAGGGCAGGUCUACUCUGGUGAGAUCAGACCUAAACUAAAGACCACCAAGAAAGCCAAGGAGCAAGAACCUCAUAAGCAAAAAGUUGGACAAGGUGGACAGAGAGGAUCGGAGGAGGAGGUGUUUCGUGUCGUCACCAGCAUCCCAGCGAAGGAGCGUGCUGUGUUCGUACUGAGCUACGAGCAGCUCCUCCAGCGGCGUCUGGGCAGGUACGAGCACGUGACUAGCCUGCGGCCCCUGCAGCUGGUCAGCCGGCUCACCCUCGAGGUCACCAUCGUGGAGCACUCGCCCAUCACAGAGCUGGAAGUGCUGCCUCUGCGCAACGGGAGGGCCAUCACCAGCACCAGCAAGGCCAAAGGCCAGGGUAAGGCCAUGUUGCCCGUCUCCACAGUGAUCAAACAGGACAAGAACAGCUGCAAGAUCACUUUCACCCCCAACAUCGUCCAGCAGGCUAAUAUUGCCAGAAAUGGUGUUUUAGGAGAUUUUAUCAUCCGCUAUGAUGUGGAAAGAGAGCUGGCAGUUGGGGAGGUUCAGGUUUCCAGUGGACACUUUGUGCAUUAUUUUGCCCCGAAGGGCUUGCCUGUGGUGCCAAGGAAUAUUGUGUUUGUCAUUGACACCAGUAUAUCCAUGGUCGGGAACCAAAUUAAGCAGACCAAGGAAGGCCUCCUCACCAUCUUGAAUGACCUUCACCCUGGUGACCACUUCAACUUUGUGAGCUUCUCCAACCGGAUCAAGGUCUGGCAGCCGAACCGGCUGGUACCGGUCACACCAAACAACAUCCGUGAUGCCAAGAAGUUCAUCUAUAUGAUCAGUCCCUCUAAGGGCAGAGACAUAGGUUUAGCCAUCCAAACUGGCUCCUCACUGCUCAGCAGCCACCUGCCUGAAGGGGGCACACACCAUGGCAGCGUCUCGUUCAUGAUCUUCCUGACCAACGGCCGUCCCACCGCAGCGGAGCCUCAGAUUCCCAGCAUCCUCAGCAACGCCACCGCACAAGCUCGCAAGCAGUUCUGCAUCUUCACCAUUGGACUGGGUGAGGAUGAGGACCGCCGCCUGCUGGAACGUCUCGCACUGGACAACUGUGGCAUGACGUGGCACAUCCCCGGUGAAGCCGACGUGGGCAUUAUGCUCAAAGGCAUUUAUGAUGAAAUCAGCACACUGCUCCUUUCGGACAUCUGGAUGACGUACAGCGAUGGCGCCGAGGAGUACGUCACUCAGCACCGUUUUGCCCACUACUUCAAUGGCUCUGAGAUUGUGGUCGCAGGAAAACUGUCCAACCGGUCCACCGAGUCUCUGCAUGUGCAAGUGAUGGCCAGCAGCGGUGACAGGAAUGUGACACUUGAGUCAGAUGUGAUGGUGAGACAGCAAGUGUCCGAUGUCGUGCCUCCGGCUGAGGGAUACGCAAAUCGACUCUGGGGCUUGCUGAGCAUCAAGGACUGUCUGAGGUUACGCCGGAGCAGCAGGAGCAGCUGGGAGAGGGAGAAGCUCACACAGCGUGCCACUAACCUCUCGCUCGACUUCAACUUCCUCACUCCAGUGACCUCCAUGAUUGUGCCUGUGCCUGAAGCCCAUGUGGACAAGGCCAGGUCAAAUGAUGCAGCCAACACCAUGGAUGGCCUUCUGGAGGAGAUGGCUGGGAAUAAACCACAGAGUCUGCGCAGGAGCAAUGAGCUGCCAGGAGACCAUGUGAAGAAGUCAAUGAUCACCAUCUCCAGGACAUCAGCGGAUGGAGACCCCCACUUUGUGGUGGAUUUCCCGCUCAGCAAGCUGGCUGUGUGCUUCAACAUCAAUGGAGAGCCGGGCGAUGUUCUGAGGCUCGUGUCUGACCAUAAACACUCAGGGGUCACUGUGAACGGGAAGCUGAUUGGAACGCCAGCUCCACCUGGCAGUCACAAGCGGCAGCGGACCUUCUUCGGCACCAUCACUAUAGUGGUGGACAGGCCCCAGCGGGGAUACAUCGAGAUCACUCCACGCAAAGUCAUUUUGGAUGGCAGGGACCGACUGGUGCUACCUUGCCACACCACGGUUGCUGUAGAGAGCGAUGGGCUGGCAGUCUCCAUUGUAGGAGGGUCUUCUGUUACUGUAACUCUUCAUGGGACCAUCAGCUUUGUCAUCCUGAUCCACCUGUACAAGAAUCCAGAGCCUUACCAACGAAACCACUUAGGCUUCUACAUCUCCAACAGCAAGGGCCUGUCCAAGGAUUCGCACGGGCUGCUUGGUCAGUUUCUGUACCAGGAAGUGGGCCUAAUACCACAGAAUGGAAGCAGUAUACUGCUUGGUCUUCCAUCAAAUGGAGUACCAGACAUCCCUUCAUUUUCCCAGUCCUUUGGUAUCUCUCCCAGCCUGAAGAUCAAGGAUCGCACGGUUACUGUGGUCAAGAAGACCCGGAAGAUCUACAGUGGGAAACAAAAGGUAGACUGCUGGUUUGUCAAGAACAAUGCCAACAAGCUCAUUGAUGGUCAUUAUGAAGACUAUGUGGUUUCUCAUCUCUUUGACACUGAUGACAGCCCUCAUGGGAUCAAUGCAUAAUAAACCUAAAUAUAUUUUCACAGAUGUCGUUUCAUAUAAAAUAACAGUAAUCUAUAUUUAUUUGUUUUGAUUUUUAUUAAUUUACCUCUUAUUCCAGAUGACCAUUUAAGGGGCAAAAGCAAUACUUAAUUAUGCCUAAAGGUCAAAAACAUAUUUUUUAACUUUGCUUUAAAUCAGAUAUGCUAAACAUGCAGAAUGUCUAAGCCUUUACCCAGAAUCUUUAUUCCUGGUACAAAGGAAUUCAUAUUCCUAUCUCCGCAAGUUAUCCAAUGUUGUCUAAGUCACACCCAAUUAACUAAAAAGUGCCAUCAUAGUAAGAGAUUACUGCUGUAACUACACAGAUCCUUUGGCAGUUUUCUGUUUUCUUCAGUGUCUCUGAUCUUAGAAAAACGGAAUUCCGUUUAAUGUUUUGGUGCUUCUCGGAAGAAUAAAUACAGAUAUGUGUUAUGAUGCGUAUCUAUUCCUCUGCCAUAACCAGAGAGUAUAGCUUAAUACUUAACUUGGGUAGCAACUAGAGUAGUUCUUCAAAGGGUGAGUGUUUCACAAUAAAAUUUGAGGGCAGGCACAAAGGCUAGAUCCUUGUCAAAUUAAAUUUCCUCUGUGGGGACAGAACUGUAUAAAUUUAUAGACUGGAUGAGCUAAACAAGUCACCAAGAACAAGAUUCUUCAGUCAAAAAUAUACAAAAAUAAAUCUGCCCCUUUGCAAGGACCAUUUGUUCCUGAAAAAACUUAUCUGGUAAGUCGAAAAUGUGAUUAACAUUAAUUUCAAUGGAAACAAUUUCUAUGCGUUUCUGAACCCCAACAUUGACACCCAUUGAUAGUAAAAAAUAACCAAUUCUGUUAAAGUACAUACUUAGUUCAGUAGUUAAUACUAAUUAUCAUAACUUAACAAAGCAGUUCCCAUCAUUGGAAUCCUCUAAUCUUCUAUUGGUAACCUCCAUAUCAGUGUAUGGCUGUCUGCCUGUGCUGGUUUGGCUCUUUCAUAGCUAUUACAUACCACAGAAUUAACAAAUACUUAAAAAAAAACAUACAUGUGACACUCAAUGUUUAUGUCUUGGAAUGAAAGAAACAAAAGUAAAGACAAAAGAAAACAAUGAAAACAAUGCAAAUGAAUUCACACUCACCAGACAAGUUGACCUUAUGUAGGAAGGCAAGAAGAUGAAAUGAAAUGUUUUGAAAAGUCAAAUACUUGCACUCCAAGUGGACGUAUCUAGAGGUAUGGCUGUAUCUAUGUUUGUGGAAGCAAAAAAAAAUUGUGUGUUCAAGAGAGUUUGGAAGCUGUCGAACACUGUGGAGUCAGCGUAGGUGAAUUGCCUGAUUUUGUGGUUAAAGUUAGACAGUGAAAGUCAAAAAUCUUCUUUCCUCUUGGUAUAACAUUUAUGGUUACAUACGUCCAGUUACAGUGAGGAUGCUUCACAGCUGUGAAAUGUGAGCAAGACAAUAUUGGUGGUUACAAAAGUGUGCACACUUGAAGGAAAAUCUCAAAAUAUGUCUGUGCCAUCCACAGAAUAAAUAAACUUUAUAAUAAAUGAUGAAUCCAAAAUUGACACAAUUCAAAUUUUGUUCAUACUGAAAUAAGAAACUGAGUAAAAAUUAAACCGUGAUGUUGUUUGAAGGACACUAAAUUGAACUGAUUUUGACAGAUGUUCAUGAACAAGUCCCUCUGUCAACAGCUGUCAGCAGCAGCUCUCAGACUGGUAGUGACUCACUAUGCACUGGAAAUGGGUUGCAACAUGAUUUCUUGGUAAUAGUUUAAGAAACAGGAUAGUACAGUUUAUUCCACUUGGAUUUUUAUAUCACUUGUACGUAUGCAUUUUUGAAGUGUUGGGAGUUUUUAGAAAUGGAAUGGGGUACAUGUGUUAGGUGGUAGAAGGGGGGCCCAGUGGUGUAGUGGAUUUGGCCUAGUCCUGCUCUCUGGUGGGUCUGGGGUUCAAGUCCCGCU